UACCCAGAAAAGAAAACUACUCUUCCUCACGUUGGAAUAUUGAGAUUUUACUCCCCCAAGAGUAAGAAAGAUUUCUUGUCGUGGGCUAGAUCUAUUACUCGUGAUCACUUCAAGGUAACAAUGAGUACGAAGGUCUGUUCAAAUCAUUUUGCACAAGGCUACAGAACUUCUGAAUGUCUUACACCAACGUUGUCAUGAAAGGGUACGAUUGUGAGAGUAAAUCUAAAAGACCUCCCCCAGAGAUCCGAUCUACACAGAUCAAAGAGAGUCGCUCAAGGAAGAGAAAGCGAAAUAGUGACGAAAGUGAAGUUCCAGUUGAGAAUGAGCCCUUUGCGGAGGACGAGACUUUAUUAGAAGAAAACACUGAAUUAGAUUAUGUAGCCUCAGCAUUCCCUGCAGAUACUGAUCAUGAAGCUAGUUUUCUUGUUGAAUCAGCUACACAGACAGAGUGUCUAAGUCAAGUGAAAGAGAAGUGAAAAUAUUUAAUUGACCAAGCAACUUGUUUUAAAAACUGUUAUCGUUUCACAGGUGUAACUAGGUCUAGGCUUGAUUUGGUUUUUUAAGUUUUAGAACCAAAGGCCGUUGAAAUACGUCUCUGGAGGGGUAAUAAGAAUACUAAAAAGUCAUCAAAAAAACCAGUAGCUGAGACACAAAAACAGAGAAAAAAUGGUGGAGUCUUGACAAGAUGGGAACUACUUGUUCUUACCUUAGUGAGAACAAGAAAAGGUUUUGAUGUCAAAUUCCUAGCUGACACUUUUGGCAUUAAUUUUUCUGAAGUAUCCAGAAUUUACAAUACAUGGAUAAUAUUUCUUUCUCAAGAGCUGCCCUUUCUGGUUCCAUGGCCUUCAAGAUCAGAAUUACAAAAAUGUCUGCCAAAAAGGUUAAAAAAAUUUAAGAAUGUAAGAGUUAUAAUUUACUGUCUUGAACUUUUCAUACUAAAACCAAAAGUUCCUUCAAGCCAAAAGAUCACAUGGAGUAAUUACAAACAUUGGAACACUGCCAAAUUGCUGGUAGCAAUAACACCAACUGGUGGUAUAUCCUUCAUUCCACCAUUAAGGACAGGAUCCAUCAGUGACAAAGAAAUUGUUAGGCAAAGUGGAUUGCUAGACUUGCUUGAGGAGGGGGAUGCAGUCAUGGCUGACAAGGGUUUUGUGAUUUGGGAUCUCUUAACAUUUAAGAAAAUCCGCCUUGUCUCACCAGCCUACUCUCGAGGACCAUGCCUAUCAGUAAAAGGGACAACACAUAGCCGUCGUGUGGCAUCAUUAAGAACUCACGUUGAAAGAAACAUUUUGAGAUUGAAGCAAUUUAGAAUUCUUUCAGGAGUUAUUCCACUUUUGUUAAAACCAGUGUUGAUAGAAUUAUUUUUGUUUGUGCGGCAUUAACUAAUUUAUGUGGAAGAAACAUAAAGUAAGGAGCAUACUGUAGAAACAAGAACUUAUAUUUACUGAAUUUGUUGAUCUUCUUGUCUUUGGGAUAACUCUUUUGUGUGAAAAUUGUCAUCAGGUAAGGCUUCCAUAAGGAAAGAAGGAACUAUUUGCUGACAAUUAAACUUGUGAACUGCUGCUACAACAGUUUCCCAAAACUUAUCAUUAAAAGUAAUUGUAACAAUACAUAUCCCUUUACUAUUAUAGGUAACAAAAUCGCAAGUUUUUAAAACCUGCAACUGCCAUGCCAGUCUGAACUUGGAAAUAAUGUCAAUGAUUUUUUGUCCAGAAAAACAUUUCCAUUUUCAUCUUUUUUUCCACCAACAGUUGGUAGCAGGAAAGCAAUUUUAGGGUCAAGGUCAUUCCCUUUAAAUGGACAUUUUAUCUCUACUACCAUAGGGUCACAACACUGACAUUUUCUAAUACCAUCUAGAUUUGCUCCUAUCCAAGAAGAACUGCUACUAAUAAGGAGACCUGGCUCCUUAAGAUCAAAUGAACAGUGCUUUUUUUCAUUGACUUUUGUGUAGUAAAAUUUUGCAUUUUCUUCUUCCUUUAUACCAUGUUCUAGGGCUUCAGGAUACACUUGGUUUUCUUUGAAUUCUUUUUGUUCUGUGAAAUUUUUAACAGUGAGUGAUACAUCAAUAUGAGGAUCUUUUUCUAAAGUUUUUUGUCAGGUAUAAAGAGAUUUUAUUUUUUCCCAGUAACUAAAAGGUGUCUCAUCUCAUGCUAGCUUUUGUUUUCGUGUUGUCCCAUGGUUGCUUCGUUUAUAGUCAUGCUAUCAUUGUCUGAAAAGGUCAAGGCUUUUAGAAAUUCUUCAGCUAAAUUUAAAAGGUUGUCCUAUGAUAGCUUAUUAGAAUUUGUCUUGACAUAAUUCUUAGCUUGGGAUGAUAUGGUCAGGUGAGAUAUACUAUUAUCAAAAUGAGAAGAACAAUUUUCAUUUUCAUCAUAAUUUGGGGAAAACAGUAAAAAAUCAAGAAUACCGGAACAAGGAUCAAUUUUUCAAAGUUUCUUUGUAAAAUCAAUAUUUUCUUUAUGAUUUAUUUCCUUUCUACCUUUCAUGGGUCUAGGAUCAAGGGAAUCAAUCCAGGAAUCAUCGUAUGGUGUUAUUUUUCUUUUCUUUUUCAUCAAAGAGCUUUUGGAAACUUUCAUUUCAGACACAGGUGUGUUGGCUUGGGGUUCCAAUAUGCAGACAUAGAGGUGACAGACUUUCUUUGAUUUGAAAGAAAAUCAUCAAGUUCAAACAAAGUUGCUCCUAAAUGUCUGCAUCCUUGAUCGGCUCCACCCUUGCACAUACAGAAUGCAGAAUACACACACUCAGUUGAGUCCAGAACAAAUCAGAGCCUGUAAAGUUUAUCGCCCUCUCAAGUUUUUUUGUUUCUGAGUUAGUAUAACUCCAGCUACAAACACAAAAAAAGUACUGCCAUCAAGGUCCUCUGUAGUGUUUACUCCAAGGCUUUGAACAUGGCCAUUUGUACAUAAAUUGUACUCUUCAAAUGAGCGCCAGGAGGAUAACUUGCUUUUAUCAUAAUCAGUUUUGCUCAUAAUCUGAUGAUUAAAAAUGUCCAUUAGUCCAGAUGGAGGGAGCUGAGAGAAAUCAUUGGUCAAUGAUGCCAUUUGGAAGGGGUUCAAAAUUUUUUGUCCUACUGGAAGUGUGAGGCGUCUUGACAAACAUUCAUCAAUGGACUCAUUUUCAAAUUCAGGGUCAUUAGGAAGGUCCAUAAAAGCAAUUGCUUUAGCUAGGUGAAUAAGUUCAGUUUUGCAGUAAGUGGAGACUUGAACACCCCGGGCAGAAAUAAAUGCUUUAAUUUUUUUCACAUCCAUUUGAUCAAAGUUGGAACCAGUAAUUGUAGCAAUGGCUUGUUUACAAGAUGGUUGCUUAGUAGUGGUACAUGAAGUUUUGUCUGCUAGUGUUUGGGAACUGGUCAUGGUAGAAUAAGAUGGUUGUUGGACAGCAGAAGGUUUAGUACAUGUAGCUGGAUUUAGCUGUUUCACACAAGAGGUUUGUUUGGCAGUGGUAGCUUCUGAAGAUUGAGUUGGCUUUUCCGCAAUUGUUUUAGAGUUCGAAGACAAUGUUUUUGUACUUAAAGAAGUUAGAUCUUGACCGGGUUGCUUGGACUCUGUAGAUUUAAUCAAAUGUGGUUUGAAGGAAGGAUGAGUUUGUGACAUUUGUUUCAAAGCUUUGGCGUAUGAAUUACCACCGUUUUCUAAAUCUAUUGAAACAGAGGAUGCUGUAUUCUCAGGCACUGGAGCACUACAACAGUUACCUCUAGGCAGAAGGAGAUUAAAAUGAUUUGCCUGAGCAUACUUAUCAUGAUACAUCAAAGUGAUUGGACACUUGCACUUCUUUUUUAUGAGCGAUGA